AUGCUGACGCGUGCAGUGCUGGCGGAGUCGAAACAUCGGGCAACGAGAGGAAGAGGCCGUCAAGGAAGGUUGACCUGGGCUACUGCGGCCCUGAUGAUCGCGAUCAAGAGCAAGUCGUUGGAUGUCUUUCAAGAGACAGUGGAAUGGAGCAAGCGAUUCCUUCGAGAUCCGGUUGUCUUUCCGGGACUAUUGGAUAUCCUUUUCAGCAGUAGUACAGCGCCAAUUCUAUCCCACACGUACAUUCUACGCCCGAGAAGGCCAGAAACACUGCCCGAAUUGAACGCAGUGGUGGAGAAGGCUAACGAGGUUCUCCGGUCGUACUUGGACAUCGCACACCUUAUUGUUCGCGAGCCGCAUUACCAGAGGAAUAUGACCUGCGGCAUCCCCUAUCUCUUUAGCGGAAUAAUAUCCCAGAGAAUCGAGGAGGUUGAGUUUGUUAGUGCAGGCACCGAAUCCGAACGCGUCGACAUUCUGCUGUACUCUUUGCUACCUAUCAUUCUUGAAUUCGAGCGCCUGGCAAACAGCGAGGACCCCGACAAGUUCACAUGGAGUGGCUUCAGGGGUGUAGUCUAUGGUAUUGGCAGCCUCGACGACGAGCAUAAAGCUGUCCUCCCAUUCCUGGAUCGUAUGGCGUACGAACGGAAUCAGUUCUGGGUUGAGAAAAGGACGGACGAAAACCCCGAAAUCACGGAUCUACCCCUAGGUUUCCCGCGAGGACUUCCCCUGGAAUAUCUCCUCCCAAGUUUGCAACUGACCCAUCUUGCCAACAAGUACCCGGACGAUAUGCCAUACGUAGCGUCCAGACUUGCUAAUCACGCAACCGAGCUAUUCCACCAUCUUAUGUCACGAUGA